AUGCUGCUCGGCUGGCCGGCGGCUGCCUUGCUGCUGGGGCUGCUGGCGCCCGCGGCGGGCUGGGAGCUGCGGCCGGCCGGAGGGGGCGCCCCGCUGCUGGACCUCUCGCUGGGGCCCGAGUGGCGCUGCGCGCUGGAGCCGAGCCUGACCGCCCGCCGCCUGAGGGGCGCCCUGGAGGUGACGCGGCUGCGCAGGACCCCCAAGCGCCUGGCGUGCGCUCCCUCCCGCCCGCUGCCGCUCCACCUGCGCCUCGCCUGCGGCGCCCUCCUCUCGCUGCCCUGGAGCGGCUGCCCCGGCGCGGCUGCGGGCUCCGCGCCGCCUCGCCUCGCCGUCUGGGGGCCCCUGCCCGCCCUGCUCUGCCCGGAGAGCGGCGGCGGAGGGGUGCUCGCCCUCCUCGGGGCCUUGACCACUUUCCCGCAGUGCCGCUGCCCCGACGGCCUCCCCUUGGCCUGCCGGGAAGGGAGGCAGGGGUGCCCUCGGCCCCCCGGGGGGGAGCCGCUGCGGCUGCGGUGUCGCCUGAGGAAGAGCCAAGGGGACAUCCUGGUGGAGCUGAGGCCGGUGGGGCCGUGGGCGCCUGGAGGAGACGGUGGGGAGAAGCGAAGGUUGCGGAGAAGCGGGGGUGGUCCCUUUGGGGCAGGGAGUGGCGCCGACCGGGAGUCUUGGCAUCGGGGCGCCAGGAAGCUGAGGAGCGUCAACAACCCGCCGCAGUUCAAGCUGCCCAACUAUCAAGUGUCGAUUGCUGAGAACCAGCCUUCGGGCGCCACGGUCAUCACGCUGGAAGCCCAUGACCCCGACGAGGGGGAAGCAGGCCGACUGACAUAUUCGAUGGAGGCGUUCUUUGACAAGCGGUCUGAUGAUUACUUCUCCAUUGACUCUACGACCGGAGUAGUGGUCACCACUCGUAGCCUGGACCGGGAGACCAAAGAUACCCACGUGCUUCAAGUCACGGCGGCGGACCACGGCUCCCCACGGCACCGUUCUGCCACCACCUUCCUGACGGUGACCGUGAGCGACACCAACGAUCACGGCCCGGUGUUUGAGCAGCCGGAAUAUCGAGAGAACAUCCGAGAGAAUCUUGAAGUGGGUUAUGAAGUGCUGACUAUUCGCGCCACGGAUGAGGAUGCCCCGGGCAACGCUAACUUGCUCUAUCGCAUCCUGGACCCUGGGGCUGGGGAGGGAGUCUUUGAGAUUGACCCGCACUCUGGUGUUGUGAGGACUUGUGCUCCUGUGGACCGAGAGGAGAUUUCAGAAUAUCAUCUUGUAGUGGAAGCUAAUGACCAGGGCAAAGAUCCGGAGCCCCGCAGUGCCACGGUCACUGUGCACAUCGUGGUGGAAGAUGAAAACGACAACUCUCCGCAGUUCAGUGAGAAACGCUACUUGGUGCAGAUUCCGGAGGACAUAGCGGUGAACAGUCAGGUCCUGCAGCUGCAAGCCACUGACAGAGAUCGGGGCAGCAAUGCCCAGGUACACUACAGUAUUGUGAGUGGGAAUCUCAAAGGCCAGUUUUACAUCCAUUCUUUUUCUGGCUCUAUCGACCUGAUAAACCCCCUGGACUAUGAGACGAUUAGAGAAUAUAAUUUGAGGAUAAAAGCUCAGGAUGGGGGAAGGCCUCCACAAAUCAAUUCUAGUGGGAUGGUUUCCAUUCAGGUGUUGGAUGUAAACGAUAAUGCCCCCAUCUUUGUAAGCACCCCUUUCCAAGCCACAGUACUAGAAAAUGUCCCACUGGGCUACUCAGUUUUACAUGUUCAGGCAGUAGAUGCUGACUCUGGGGAUAAUGCCCGCUUGGAAUAUAAACUUGUUGAACUAUCUCAUCCUUCUCCAGUGCCCUCAAGUAGGGGCGCUGGUUUUCCCUUCCAGAUCAACAACAGUACUGGAUGGAUUACAGUGUCUGCUGAGCUCGACCGGGAGACCGUGGAGAGCUACCAUUUUGGGGUAGAGGCCAGAGACCAUGGAGUGCCUGUCAUGAGUUCCUCAGCCAGCGUGUCUAUUACUGUCCUUGAUGUCAAUGAUAACAGCCCUGUGUUUACGGAAAAAGUUUAUCAGCUCAGGCUUAACGAAGAUGCAGCGGUAGGCAGCAGUGUCUUGACCCUGACAGCAGUGGACAGAGAUGUCAACAGUGUGGUGACUUACCAAAUCACUAGUGGCAACACAAGGAACCGCUUUGCUAUCACUAGUCAGAGUGCGGGUGGGCUGAUCACCCUGUCUUUGCCCCUGGAUUACAAGCAAGAGAGGCAAUAUGUGUUAACGGUCAUGGCUUCAGAUGGAACUCUCUUUGACACCGUACAAGUCUUCAUCAAUGUCACAGAUGCCAACACACACCGGCCAGUUUUCCAAAGUUCCCACUACACAGUGAGUAUCAGUGAAGACAAGCCUGUCGGCACGUCCGUUGUAACCAUCAGUGCCACUGAUGAAGAUACUGGGGAGAAUGCUAGGAUCACUUACGUCCUGGAGGACAACAUCCCUCAGUUUCGCAUUGAUCCUGACAUGGGCACAAUUACCACGUUGAUGGAGUUAGAUUACGAAGACCAAGCUGCUUAUACUUUGGCCAUCACAGCCCAUGACAAUGGAAUCCCUCAGAAAUCUGAUACCACCUAUGUGGAGAUCCUUAUCCUGGAUGCCAACGACAAUGCACCCCGAUUUCUUCGUGACCGUUACCAGGGUGCUGUUUUUGAGGACGUGCCACUCUCUACCAGUGUCCUGCAGGUGUCUGCUACUGACCGCGACUCAGGCCAAAAUGGUCGCCUCCUUUAUACCUUCCAGGGUGGUGACGACGGGGAUGGAGAUUUUUACAUUGAGGCCACGUCAGGGGUGAUUCGGACGCUGCGCAAACUGGAUCGUGAAAAUGUCGCCGUUUACAGUCUUCGAGCUUUUGCGGUGGACCGGGGAGUCCCGUCCCUUAAAGCCUCUGUGGAUAUCCAGGUUACAGUGCUAGAUAUCAACGAUAACCCACCUGUUUUUGAGCAGGACGAAUUUGACAUCUUCGUGAAGGAAAACAGCCCCGUCGGUUCCAUUGUGACCCGAAUCAGUGCUGUAGACCCGGACGAGGGAACCAAUGCGCAAAUUAUGUAUCAAAUUGUGGAGGGGAACAUCCCUGAAGUCUUUCAGCUUGACCUCCUCAAUGGAGACCUCACAGCCCUGAUGGAUCUAGAUUAUGAAAGUCAGACAGAAUAUGUGAUCGUGGUGCAAGCUACCUCAGCCCCUCUUGUUAGCCGAGCUACUGUUCACAUACGUCUCCUGGAUCAGAAUGACAACGCUCCGGUGCUGCAAGACUUCCAGAUCCUUUUCAACAAUUAUGUCACUAACAAAUCCAAUAGUUUCCCUUCUGGAGUAAUUGGCAAGAUCCCUGCCCAUGAUCCCGAUAUGUCUGACCAACUGAACUACACUUUUGUCAGGGGCAAUGAGUUAAACCUGCUGCUUUUGGACUCUUCUACCGGAGAGCUCAAGCUAAGCCGGGAUCUGGACAACAACAGAGCUUUGGAAGCCAUCAUGGAAGUCUCUGUUUCAGAUGGUAUUCACAGUGUCACAGCAUUUUGUACCUUGAGGGUGACUAUCAUCACAGACGACAUGCUGACCAACAGUAUCACCGUACGGCUGGAAAACAUGUCGCAAGAGAAGUUUCUCUCUCCGCUGCUUGCUCUCUUUGUGGAAGGUGUGGCCACUGUGCUGUCGACAACCAAAGAAGGCAUUUUUGUCUUCAACAUCCAAAACGACACGGAUGUCAGCUCCAAUAUUCUAAAUGUGACAUUCUCUGCCUUGCUCCCUGGUGGCAUUCGAAACAAGUUCUUCCCCUCGGAGGACCUCCAGGAGCAGAUAUACCUUAACAGGACGCUCCUCACAAUGAUUUCAACCCAAAGGGUACUGCCUUUUGAUGACAACAUUUGUCUCCGGGAACCUUGUGAAAACUACAUGAAGUGCGUGUCUGUGCUCAAGUUUGACAGCUCUGCCCCCUUCAUCAGUUCCAACACGGUUUUGUUCCGACCCAUACACCCCAUCAAUGGCUUGAGGUGUCGGUGUCCUCCAGGAUUUACAGGUGACUACUGUGAAACGGAGAUAGACCUCUGCUACUCCAACCCUUGUGGAAACAAUGGCCUUUGCAGAAGCCGAGAGGGAGGCUACACUUGUGAAUGCCACGAAGACUACACUGGAGAGUCCUGUGAAGUGAACUCUCGUUCUGGACGCUGCUCUCCAGGGGUGUGCAAGAAUGGAGGCACGUGUGUUAAUCUGCUUAUAGGAGGGUUCAUGUGUGAGUGCCCGCCAGGAGAAUACGAGAAGCCUUAUUGUGAGAUGACCACGAGAAGUUUUCCUCCCCAGUCCUUCGUUACCUUCAAGGGGUUAAGGCAACGCUUCCAUUUCACUGUUUCUCUGAAGUUUGCAACCAGGGACAGGAAUGCUUUGCUUCUCUACAACGGGCGUUUCAAUGAGAAGCAUGAUUUUAUUGCACUAGAGAUCAUUGAAGAGCAGAUUCAGCUAACGUUCUCUGCAGGAGAAACCAGCACAACCGUUUCACCAUUCGUUCCAGGAGGGGUUAGUGAUGGACUGUGGCACUCUGUACAAGUAGACUACUAUAAUAAGCCCAACAUAGGAAGACUGGGCAUUCCUCAUGGGCCUUCAGGAGAGAAAGUGGCAGUUGUGACGGUGGAUGACUGUGAUACAGCGGUGGCUGUGCGGUUUGGAAGCCUUAUUGGAAACUAUUCUUGCGCUGCUCAGGGAACACAGACUGGCUCCAAAAAGUCUUUGGAUCUAACUGGCCCCCUGCUCCUGGGAGGAGUGCCAAACUUGCCUGAGGAUUUUCCUGUUCACAACAGACAGUUUGUCGGCUGCAUGAGAAACCUCUCCAUUGACAGCAAACCAAUCGACAUGGCCAGCUACAUAGCAAACAACGGCACUCUUGCAGGCUGCGCAGCUCAGAAGAAAUAUUGUACUACCAACUGGUGUCAGAACGGGGGUAUCUGUAUGAACAAAUGGAAUACCUACUCUUGCGACUGUCCCCUGCGGUAUGGUGGGAAAAACUGUGAGCAAGUGAUGUCUUUCCCUCAGUGCUUCACAGGGGACAGCAUGGUUUUCUGGCAUGAUCUUGAUAUCACUAUUUCUGUGCCGUGGUACAUCGGCCUCAUGUUUAGAACUCGGAAGGUUAAUGGCAUGUUGAUGCAAGCAAAGGCAGGAGCAUCAUCCAAGAUCAACAUUCAGAUACUGAACAACUAUGUGGUGUUUGAAGUCUACGAUGGACUGAAUCAAGUGGCAAGUUUGAAGAUGACUCAGUCCCGAAUGAGUGAUGGAGAAUGGCAUCACUUGUUAAUAGAGCUAAAGAGUGCAAAAGAUGGGAAAGACAUAAAGUACCUGGCUGUUGUGUCAUUGGAUUAUGGGAUGUAUCAGAGUACUGUACAGAUUGGAAAUCAGUUGCCAGGACUAAAAAUGAGAAGUAUUGUUGUGGGAGGUGUCUCUGAAGAUCAAGUCUCAGUGCAGCAUGGUUUCUAUGGCUGCCUGCAGGGAGUGAGAAUGGGGGAGACAUCUACAAAUGCAGCUACGUUAAACAUGCAUCAGGCUGGGAACAUUAAUGUCAAGGAAGGCUGUGAGAUGGACAAUCCCUGUGAUUCUAACCCUUGCCCCCAGCACAGCUAUUGCAGUGAUGAUUGGGACAGCUAUUCCUGUAUUUGUGAUCCAGGGUACUUUGGGACAGAUUGCGUUGAUGUGUGCAGCCUGAACCCCUGUGAGCAUGUCUCCACUUGCGUGCGUAAACCAAGCUCUUCUCAUGGAUACAUCUGCGAAUGUGGGCAAAACUAUUAUGGCCAGUACUGUGAAAGCAAAAUUGAUUCGCCUUGUCCCAGAGGCUGGUGGGGGAAUCCUGUUUGCGGCCCAUGUAACUGCGAGGUUGGUAAGGGGUUUGAUCCUGACUGCAAUAAGACCAAUGGAGAGUGUCGAUGUAAGACAAACUAUUACAGGCCUCAAAACAGUGACACUUGUUACCCAUGUGACUGCUUCCCAGCUGGUUCCCACACCCGCACGUGUGACCCUGAAACAGGGCAGUGCCCCUGUAAACCAGGAGUGAUUGGGCGGCAAUGCAAUCGCUGUGAUAAUCCUUUUGCUGAAGUCACAGUUCAUGGCUGCGAAGUGGUUUACAGUGGAUGUCCUAAAGCAUUUGAGGCUGGCAUUUGGUGGCCGCAGACCAAAUUUGGGCAGCCUGCUGCAGUGCCGUGUCCCAAGGGAUCAACAGGCAAUGCCGUGCGCCACUGCAACAGCGAGAAAGGCUGGCUCCCGCCUGAGCUUUUUAACUGCACCACCAUUGGCUUCAUGGACCUUAAAAUAAUGAAUGAAAAGCUUCUCCACAAUGAGACCAGCAUGGAUGGUGAUAAGUCUGUGCAGAUAGCCAGGGUGCUUCAGAAUGCUACUAAUCGCACAUACCCCUUCUACGGGAAUGAUGUACGAACGGCCUACCACAUGAUGAUCCGGGUGUUGCAGUACGAGAGCCAGCAGCAAGGGUUCAGCUUGGCUGCGAUGAGAGAUGUGGAGUUCAAUGAGAAUAUCGUAAAAGCUGGCAGUGCUCUUCUCGACCCAAGCACUAGAGAGCAUUGGGAACACAUCCAGAGGACAGAGGGGGGCACGACGCAGCUCUUGAAAUACUACGAGGAGUAUUUCCGCAACAUAGCAAAGAACAUGAGAAACACCUACAUGAACCCUUUUGUUAUCGUUACCUCAAACAUGAUUAUUGCUGUUGACAUCUUUGAAAAGUCUAAUUUUACGGGAGCUAAAGUGCCGCGGUUUGAUUUGAUUAAAGCAGAUUAUCCCAGAGAUCUUGAGUCAUCCGUUUUGUUUCCUGAUACUUUGUUCAGAACUUCCAAUCGAAAAGUUGGUCCUACCACGAAGCCCUUCAAGCGUAAAUUGUCUUCUAAGAUGGAAGAUGAGUUUUCCGAUAGUAGAAGUGCAUUUUCAAAGAGAAAACGACGGCACCCAGAGGAGUAUAGCCAAUAUGCUGUUGCUGUAGUGAUUAUAUACCGAACACUGGGGCAACUUCUGCCUGAGAGCUAUGAUCCUGACCGAAGGAGUUUAAGGUUACCCAAUCGGCCAAUCAUUAAUACUCCAAUUAUCAGCGCUAUUGUUUAUAGAGGAGAGGGACCUUCAUCCAAUCUACUGGAAAAUCCCAUUACACUGGAGCAUACCAUGUUGGAAACUGAGGAGAGAACAAAGCCAGUUUGUGUGUUCUGGAACCACUCAAUUGUUACGGGAAACGCAGGAGGCUGGUCCUCAAAGGGAUGUGAGCUGUUUUCGAGGAAUCACCGACAUAUUAUUUGCCGGUGCAACCACAUGACAAGUUUUGCUGUCCUGAUGGAUAUUUCAAAGCGUGAAAAUGGUGAAGCGCUUCCUCUGAAGAUUAUCACCUACGUGACUGUCUCAAUCUCACUGGUAGCAUUGCUGCUCACCUUUAUUCUCCUGGUCCUGAUCCGGACUCUGCGGUCCAACUUGCACAGCAUCCACAAAAAUCUGGUGGCUGCCUUGUUCUUCUCAGAACUGAUCUUCCUGAUAGGAAUCAACCAGACAGAUAAUCCGUUUGUGUGCACCGUCAUCGCUAUUCUUUUGCACUACUUCUACAUGAGCACCUUUGCUUGGAUGUUCGUCGAACAACUUCACAUUUACCGCAUGCUGACUGAAGUGAGGAACAUCAAUUUUGGACACAUGAGAUUCUACUAUGUCAUGGGCUGGGGGAUUCCUGCCAUUAUAACUGGCCUUGCAGUGGGCCUGGAUCCAAAGGGUUAUGGGAACCCAGAUUUCUGCUGGCUCUCUGUCCAUGACACCCUCAUCUGGAGCUUCGCAGGGCCCAUUAUUAUCGUUGUAGUUAUCAACAUUGUAAUUUUCAUACUGGCAGUGAAAGCAUCGUGCAGACGAAGGCAGCGUUCAUUGGAGAAAACUGGAGUCAUUUCUGUACUACGUACAGCUUUCCUCCUGCUUCUCGUGAUAAGUGCUACCUGGUUACUGGGGCUGAUGGCAGUAAACAAUGAUGUGAUGACAUUCCACUACCUCUUUGCCAUCUUCAGCUGUUUACAGGGUCUGUUCAUCUUUCUCUUUCACUGUAUCUUCAAUAAAGAAGUCAGGAAACAUUUGAAGAAUACUUUGUCUGGAAAGAAGCCACUUCCAGAUGAUUCUACAACCACGAGAGCAACUUUAUUAACCCGGUCCCUGAACUGUAAUGAUACAUAUAUAGAAGAGCCAAAUAUGUAUCGCACCACUCUUGGGGAAUCCACUGUCUCCCUAGAAAGUACCAUCAGGUCAGCCAAGAGUCACAAUAGCUACCUUGCUUAUAUCCUCAGAGAUGAAGCUGCCCAGAAGCUCAGCGUUUCAUCGAGCCAAGCAAGGACCGGCCAUACAGACGGUGAUUCCUCCAUCUUCCACAGAAAGCCCUCAAAAUCCAAUGAGCAUGACUCCGAUUCUGACAGCGAGUUGUCCCUUGACGAACACAGCAGCUCAUAUGCCUCCUCCCACUCAUCGGACAGUGAAGAUGAUGUUGUUGAAACAGAGAAAAAAUGGAACUCGGGAAAGAACAACGAUCGGGGUCCGCUGCAUAGCACUCCCAAAGUUGAUUCUGUUCCCAACCAUAAGAAGCCCUAUUGGCCCUCAGAAGGCAUCGCAGCAAGUGAUGAGGAGGAGCCAGGCGCCAAGCAGAAGCUCAAGGUGGAGACCAAGGUGAAUGUGGAACUCCAUCAGGAAGACCAAGGAAACCACAGCAGCGAGGUCCUGCCUGACAGAGAAAAUGAGGGGCAGCAGAAGGAGAACAAGCCACUCGCCCAGCAGAACAACCAGCAGCCAGAACAAAGGAAGGGUAUACUGAAAAAUAAAGUCACCUACCCUCCACCAUUAGUUGACAAAAACAUGAAGAAUCGUCUACGGGAAAAACUGUCCGAUUAUAAUCAAACUAGUCUCUCCUCUAAAACUACUACUAUUGGGACAAACAAUGGAGUUCGCUGCACAUCAGAUUCUGGGGUCACGAUCAAAAAUCCAAGACGGGAUCAGCCUCCCGAGCAAAUGAAUGGGUUGGCCAUGAGUGUCCAUGUGGGGACAGUAACAGCAGAGACCUCCGAUUCUGAAGGCAGUAACGAAACUUCAAUUUGAAUCAUCAGGAAUUCAUGACAACUAUUGCACCUUGGAACUACUUUGCUGUGAUGCUGCUUGUUUGGGACUUCUCAAUUUCAACAUAUUUGUUGCCGCAUCGUGAGGAUACCAAGGAUGUUGCAUCUGGGGCAAGUUUCACAUCGUGGCAUACUUCAGCGCUCCUUGUUUUCUAGGAGAACUGUGACAGAUUGACUUAGAGCACACUCAAGUGCCUGCCUGCGUAAGUGGUGCCAAAACACACAGACAAUGAUGGG